AUGGAAAACGAGAAUGAACAGGCAACUACAUGUCCAUCAUCUAGCUCAAAUCGUCCAUCGGAGAAUUCUGGUUACGGAUUUCAAGGAAUCAUGGAACCUCCGACUCCUAUCAGCAAUACAAGCUCUGCCACGAGCAAGAUAGUUGGUUUAGAACUCGAUAAUAGAGCUGAUGGUUGGGAAUCUGAAGCGCCUUGUGGAUCUCCUAUAGUUGAACAGCGUACUGAGGAACGACCAAAUCAUACGGAACCUAAUAUUGGCAGUUCCUUGAAAUCUCAAAAUGUCGAAGUGGUUGAUGAUGAUACGAUUGAGGAGCCAAAGUCGGGAAUGGAGUUUAAUUUCCUUGAAGAGCUAUUAUGUUAUUAUAAGGAAUACGGUAAAAAAUGCGGGUUUGGGGUGAUGACAAAACGGACUGAUAGGGGAGAAGAUGACUCUGUUAGAUACGUCACUCUUUGUUGUGCCCGAGGUGGGAAGGCCCGGAAUAGGACGUUGAAUGUUGCCAAGCCACGUCCAAUAGGAAAGACAGAAUGUAAGGCAAGGAUUAAUGCCUUAAAGCAAGAUGGAGUGCUGAGGUUGACGAUAGUACAUAAUAUCCAUAACCAUGGCCUCAGUCCGAAGAAAUCCCGCUUCUUUCGAUGUAAUAGAGAAGUUAGUGAUGCCGUAAAAAGGGUCCUAGAUACCAAUGAUUUGGCUGGCAUCCGAGCGAGUAAGAGUUACGGAUCUCUCGUUGUUGGAGCGGGUGGAUUCGAGAAUCUCCCAUUUCUCGAAAAGGAUUGUCGCAAUUAUAUUGACAAGGCAAGACAUCUACGACUUAGCGCAGAUGAUGACGAGAGGUUAAAGAACGUCUUUUGGUCAGAACCCCGUAGUAGAGCAGCGUACCAAUAUUUCGGCGAUGUGGUGACAUUCGACACCACAUACCUAACAAAUCGAUAUGGGAUGCCCUUUGCACCAUUUGUUGGUGUAAACCACCAUGGGCAGUCAAUUCUGUUGGGAGCCGGCUUGAUUUCUAGUGAGGAUACUGAGACAUUUGUGUGGUUAUUCGAGACAUGGUUGCAAUGCAUGGAUGGUAUCGCUCCAAAAGUAAUUAUCACUGAUCAAGAUAGAGCGAUGAAAAAUGCAAUCGCUCUUGUCUUUCCAAAUACUCGGCACAGAUUUUGUCUUUGGCAUAUACUGAAGAAAGUUCCCGAGAAACUUGGCUCAUAUGGUUCCUACAAAACUGGGAUGAAAAGUGCCUUGAUGAAAUGUGUAUAUGACACCCAACGUGUUGAUGAGUUUGAGAAGUGUUGGGAUGAGUUGAUUACCACUUACAACUUGCAUGAGAAUGCGUGGUUGCAGAGCCUUUACGUUGAGCGUAAACAUUGGGUACCGGCAUAUUUGAAGGAGUGUUUUUGGGCUGGAAUGAGUACAACGCAGCAAAGCGAGAGCAUUAAUGCAUUCUUUGACGGUUAUCGGUUCCAAGAGUUGUACACAAUUGCGAAGUUCAAGGAAGUUCAGCAGCAAGUCAACGGCAUCAUUGACUUGAAUCCAAAGUUACAUAAAAGUGAUGGGAAUGUAAAGACAUAUAUGGUUGAGGAUGAAGUAGCUCUUGAGGAGUUAACUAAGUUGGUUCGGCAUUUUGUGGACUUUAGUGAGGAUGAUGCAGUUGCAAAGUGCUCUUGUGGUUUAUUUGAGAUGAGGGGGAUAUUGUGUCGGCACAUAUUGGCUGUAUUCAGGUGUAACGAUAUUAGACAUUUGCUGGAAAUAUACAUUUUAGAUCGAUGGAGGAAGGAUAUUAAAAGGCGAUACACAUUAAUCCACAGUAGCUAUGAUGAGGGGGACCAACGGCCAGAUGCUAAUAGAUAUGCAAGUCUCUUAAGUAUUUGUUAUCAGAUGAUCACUCAUGCAGCUGGUUCAAGAAAACAUACUGAGGAUGCGAGAAGUAAGUUACAUGCCAUGAUUGAGCUGUAUCGUGCAAAUGAAGAACCCCCAUCUUUCACUCAAAUUGGUUCUAAUGUGGAUCCUUCGGCAAAUGACACUACGGUCGGGUGCCCUGGGGAAGUACAUAGUCCACGUGUUGUGCGAGGUAAAGGCAGACCUCCAUCUCUAAGAAGAGCAUCCAGGAUGGAGAUAGACAUGAGGAAAGCAAAAGCAAAGACAAAGAAAGCACCGGUAAAGGGAAAGCGGAAAGAGCGAGAUGGAGGAGAUACUCGGGUCGUGGAGAAAGGAGAUGCACCUGUUGCGGAAGUAUGCAGGAGUUUAUUUGGCACUUCUGAGAUUGAUCUCUCCAAUGUUGGAGACAUGCAGGCUAUUCCGGGUGUGGGUAUAGACAUUACUGGAACACAGUCCCGAGAAAUCGUGAUGCAGAGUCAAGAAAGUAUGCAAGUUGGGUUGGAUGGAUCACUCUUGGAUUUGUUUGGGUUGGGCGGAUCACAACGGUUGGAAUGA